AUGGAGAUUAUAACGAGUGGAAUCAUGUAUUGUUUCCGGACAGGAGGUCAAUUCCCAGACAUUUUGGGCAUAAACUGUACUUCUCUCUCAACUACUUCAGAAAUUUUCAAUAAGAUACUUGGAAAGAGUCAACCACAUAAGAAGGUCAACAACCGUUCUACACCCUUAAGACAAAUUCAGCAAUUAUAUUCUCAAAAGCAACAGUCAUCUGGCACAAAAAUGAUGUUGGUUAUUGCUGAUGAAUUGGAUUACUUGAUUACAAAGGACCGGGUGGUGCUCCAUGAUCUAUUUAUGCUAACAACAUUGCCCUUUUCAAAAAUUAUAUUGAUAGGUAUAGCUAAUGCAAUUGACUUAGCAGAUCGUUUCCUUCCAAAACUACAAUCUCUAAAUUGCAAACCAAUGGUUUUGUCUUUUCGAGCAUACACCAUGGAUCAAAUCAUCAUGAUUCUCAAACAACGGCUAGUGGCACUUCCUUACACUGUUUUCCAGCCACAAGCACUGGAACUUUGUGCAAGAAAAGUUGCAGCUUCAUCUGGAGAUAUGAGGAAAGCUCUUGGUAUCUGCAGAGGUGUAAUUGAGAGGCUGGAAACAGAGCUUAGAGAAUCUACUUCCACUUCAAAUCUAUCCUCCAUGGUGAGGGUUGAUCACAUGGCUAUUGCUUUAUCAAGGGCUUACAAAUCACCAAUAGUUGACACAAUACAAUCCCUUCCCCAACAUCAACAGGUAAAGAGGGUUUUGCUAACAUUCCAGGAUUCUUUAUGACUUCUGUAGUUUUGUGUGUUAUCACUUCUUUAUUCCAAAUAUGAAGGGUCCUUAGAUCCAUGGAUGUCAUCUUUAUGGACAAUGUUAUAUAAUAAAAAUCCAAAAUUCUUCUCAAAAGGUUUAAGUAUUUCUGUGUGUCUGAUAUGAAGAUGCUUGGUCAACCAAAAGUGGAAAUCACAUAUCUUGACUCGAAUGCAGUGCAUUCACAACCUUCAACACAAAUUGAAUCAUGAACGGUCACAUUUACGUUGAUGCAUUUUCAUUGCUACUAAACCUCCAUUUGUGGUAUAUUUUGACACCUGUUCGUGUGGAUUUCAUUUGGAGGGACUCAAGAGCAAACAAACUCUUCAUUGUUCUCAUUGAUCAAAAUAGAGAGAAAUUGUUAGCAGCUGUUCUCACAUGGCCAACUUUAUGUGGCGUUGUCCAGAGGAAUAUCACGUUUCAAUACCAAUGUAUUAGUAAAUCCGGAAAAAACUUUCGAUAAUGAUAGAAUCUACACAUCAAACGUUGUGUACAAAGAAGUUUUAUGUGAUUAACAAGGUAUAAUCAACAACUGUUAGGGUGCAAAGUCACUCUUGGAUGUAGUGUUUUAGGCUUACCCUCUUGUAUGUGUAAAUGGGUUGAGUCUUUCCUAUAAAUAGGAAGUGAGUAGGAAGUGAGUGACUCCCAUUAUGUAAGGAACCAUUUGGAGUGUUAGACUAGAGAGAGAAAUUGUGUACAAAC